AUGCAGCCAUUCAAAGCACUCCUCAAUUUUUUACUGUCCUCCAUCUGCCUCAUGGUCAAAGCAACUCCAACUCCAGUCCCAGCGAAAGACUCCUUCGUCAUGCCGCGCGACGAGUCUGACCACAACCUCAUCGUCGACACCUACUGGGGCCCCGAUUGCCAAGAAGAGAACAGACGAACCAACAGCUCCUUCGCGAUUCCCCUCAAUCUCUUGCACAAUGACCGCUGUAUUGACGUCUUCGAAGUUGGGUCCGUGUACUUUGAGGAAAAUUGUCAGUUCUAA